CCGUCGGCCAACGCCGUCCAUCGAAGGUCGGGGGGCGGUGGGCGAACGGACGGCGCCGCUCGGGUUUGCACUUCUGGUGAGUCAGCAGUCCAAAUGCCCACAAAGUGCCGAAUGAAUAAACGCGGUGUCGUUUCGCUGAGUUUCAAAGCCACCCCGCCCCCGUAGAAGCGCUGAAUCAUCACGAGCCCGCCGCUCGUCGGCCGUCCGGUCGGGAGCGACCGAGCGUGUCCGAGCGGUGAUUCCGCCAUACGGACAAAGGGGGGAGCACCAAGCGGACGAUCGCGAGGCAACCUCGGGGAGAACACGAGAAGCCCGCGUGUGUCGGAAUGAGAGGGGCGAGGGCACGUUGCCAGCAAAGGUCGAGCGGCGGAGGUGUCGCCCGUCUGCUGUAGCCUGUCAACGUGUUUUUCCAAAGUCGGCCAAAAAUGUGCUAAGUAACAAGUCGGAAGACGGAGAGGAACUCGCCUCGCCGACUGCGUGGCCGGCGCUCGUUGGCAGCAGUAACCAUAAGCAGCUCCGCUCUUGAGUCGUCAGCGUUCUUUGUGGCUACAUAAAAAUACAGCCUAGCGCAGCAGAAAAGCUGUCUGUUGUAGCGAGAGUGGCCGUGGCAUUGACCACAGCACUGCGACCACCCCACAUGCACUGUGGGAAGGACACCACUGGCAAGCUCAAGAUGAAUGGCAAUGCUUUACUCAGCAGAUGAUCCCUAACCCAGGUCUCUUCAGAAGAACAAGGCUCCUGUGGCAUGACGACGACAAACAAAGGAAAUAAAGCCUUAAAGGUGAAGCGAGAGCCAGGAGAGAAUGGCACCAGCUUGACAGAUGACGAGCUGGUGACCAUGUCAGUGCGGGAGCUUAACCAGCACCUCCGGGGGCUCACUAAGGAGGAGAUCCUGCAAUUAAAGCAGCGGCGGCGCACCCUGAAGAAUCGGGGCUAUGCCGCCAGCUGUCGAGUAAAGAGAGUUACCCAGAAGGAAGAGCUGGAAAAGCAGAAGGCCCAACUGCAACAGGAAGUGGACAAACUGGCCAAUGAGAAUGCUUCCAUGCGCCUAGAGCUAGACGCUCUCAGGUCCAAGUAUGAGGCCUUACAGACCUUUGCCAGGACUGUGGCAAGGAGCCCCACUGUGGGGGUCGGAGUCAGGGCUGGAGGGGGAGGAGGAGGGGUAGCGUCACCAGUCAUUGGUCCACUCAUACCCGGGAAGGCGGCAACGGCGACGAGUGUCAUUACAAUAGUUAAGUCCAAAACAGAUGCACGGUCUUGAGGGAGGUUUAGAUUGACAAAGGUGUAUCUGGAUGGAAAUCAGCUGCGUCUAAGAAUUUCUUCUCUGCUUGCCACACCUUCUUCACUUGCACUUAACUCCUGUGUCAAGUCACUGCACUGACCUGACACAGGUCUCUGGUGCAGUCAAGGACUAGAGGGAAGCAGAGGACUUGGCCCUCGGUCAGUGCUUGUUCACAAAGGAUCCGGCAAUUUAAAGUUGAUAAUUGUAAUGAACUGCUGUCGUAAUGAGGACGGUCCAAUGUUCCCAUUUCGUGGCUAAACAAACAGAUGGUAAUGGAACAUUUCGGUGAUGGAUUUAGAGACCGAAUAGUUUGAUGAUAGAUCAUCUCAUGUGACCCAAUCAUUUCAUUGGCUGCAGAUGAGUCCCAUCUUGCUCCAACCUUUUCAUAUCAGUAUGACAGAGAAUAUAUAUAUAUAUAUAUAUAUAUAUAUAUAUAUAUAUAUAUAUAUAUAUAUAUAUAUAUAUAUACAUACAUACAACACAAUUGUGUUACCUGUUACUGUUUUGUACCGUGUUGUCAUUCACAUGAGGUUCAAAAUGUAUUCUCUGUGUGUGAAUUGUGAUAUAUCAGGAAUUCUGUGAAAUUCGUGAUUGUUUUGGUAUUGUUAUGUUUGUUAGUUAUCUUAUUUUCUACAGCUUCUUUACUUCUCACUCAUAUUUGCCCUUCUCUUUUUUCACUUCCAAUUAGCUUCUCCGACUGCAUGGGUAGCCAGAUGAUGUAGGAAUUAAAAACAAAGGAAAAUAACAUAACUGUGGAAAGAGAUAUUGACAUCUUUGAUAUGAUUCUCUACAAGUAGUGUUUACGUUUGAAAAAUUUGGAAGGGCAAGUGCCUUUUUCUGCUAAUUGAAAUGUUGGGAGAAGUCAAGAGGAAGCGUUGAUCAUAAUAAUAAUUGGGCCAUACCUGUGAUCAGUGGGAUACACUGAUUAGUCUGGACGUCUAUGACAUUUAACUCCCCGUUGUUCUAUGAGCUGUGUAGUAGCCACUAAUAAUAAAGAUAAUGAUAAUAAUACCUAUUUAUAAGACUUUGCACUUGUACAUGUGCUGUGCUCUAGCUACUAAUUUAUUUUAAUUAUUUCCACAAUUUGAAAAGUUCUUUCGGAAAGUCUCAAUAUAAAGCUUGCUGAAUGGUAUGGUCUCCUACUCAGAGUAGUUCAACCUAUAAAUUACAUGCAUUCACAUAAAUGGGGAGUCAAUGACAAAAGCUUUACAAUAAAAGUAAUCUUAUGUGGUGUUCUCUUAAAAAAUAUAACAACAACAAAAAAAAACAUUGUCCAUAUAUGGUAGUGUCUCAAAUUUUAUAAAGACAGUUAGCUUUACAUUGUUUGUAUUUACUUGUGGAAAAAAAUGAGGUAACUAAAUCACUUUGAUAUACAGUAUCUCUCUAUUUUGCAAUUGUACCAAAAGUGGCUUAACUACCGAAUAGCUUUGUUCUUUCUGUAGUGACUAGGCACGUGUAUGUACCGUGAACUAGAGUGUGGUGUGCUGUGCAAGUAUGUGAUGGGGUAAGUAUAACUUUCACUAUAGUUGAUGGGUACAACUUUGAUCCUUGUUUGAUUUCAGGGCGAGUGAUGACACACCGGGUAACCGUGUUUGUUCUCUCAUUAUUAAGUGUGCCCCAGGACCAUCUGAACGUGUUAGAUCAUUUGCCCAUAAUCUGCAUUUAUGGUUUUUAUAAAGCUCUUUUUUUUUUUUUUUUUUUUUUUUUUUUUACAGCUCUAUGUCUAACAUUUCUGAUGAAAGCCUGUGCCGUGGUGCUUGUUAUGUUCUGCACUGAUUCCUGCAGACCAAGUGACCAAUCUCGGUAUGCAAGGUUCACAUACGUUAAAGUAACAGAGAUGUGAAGCCCUUUUUGUUCUACUGUAGGUAUAUUUAAUGUUAAGUUUUAGUUUUAUUCAUCUCUUUCUUUUAUAAAAGUCAGGGAAGUGACAAAAUGAUGUUAUUGUACAUAAUGUCUUACAGAGUGAAUGAUAAGUCCUCUGCUAUAUAAUAGCUCAUCUAUCAAAGAGUGACUUUCAAACUUUGAAAAAAUGCUUAUUACCGUUCAGGAAGGAAAACCUUGUUUUAAUUGAUUAUUUUAUUGAAAUGGAUAUAAUCUACAGGGAUGAAAAUAUAUGUUCAUGAAGCUGGAUACUGACUUGUUUUGCUGAAACCACCUUUUUUGAAGUUUUCACAAAGUUGAAGUUCAUAAAGCUAGUAGGUUGUGCGCACACAACAGGCAGACGAAACAGCAUCUGAAGAUAAACUGUAGAGGUUUGCGAUUUAAUGGAUUGAUCAUUUCUCCAUAAUCCAAAAGCUAAAAACGUGUGCAGAGAAUGACACCUCAGAUAACGUAAAUGAAAAAAAUGAUGGUAUUAAUUUGCAAACAAAUCAUGUCCAGUAUACCAACACCUUUGUUUUAUGAGGUUGUUAUUUUUUGUUUUUAAUGAUAUUGUUUCUCUGUAAAUGUGUGCUUUCCUCCCUGUUGAGCCACUCAUUGAAUUCCUUCAUUGUUUGUGUGUACUUGGUUCCGUUUUUAAAAAAGGAAGAAAACAUUUUGCUAAAAUUCUCGGUCAAACACACCUCGGGGAUAAAUACCAUAUGUUGUGAGUGUAACAGUGUCAAGAUGGUGUUUUGUUGUCUUUUAAUAUGCAAACUGUGUAAGGCAUAAGUAGAACUCCUGUCACAAAUAAGCUGUACUGCUAUUGUCGCUUGUGUCAAAUUGUUCAGGUCCAGUAUGAUGUGACAAAGUUGAAGAGUUUAUAUUCACAAUGUUUAGCAAUAUGUGAACUGGGUAUCAAAUGUUUUGGCGAUUUGUUUGUUUAUAUAUGGAUUAUGUGUUGUGACUUGCCUUGCUUCCCCCAGCAUAUUAUUGUAUUUAUUAAUGUGCAUAGACAAGAAAAAUCUAAUAUUUUUCUAGCCAUUUCAGUUUGACAGAUGUCGCUUCUUGUCGUUGUUGUGUUUUUCCUCCUGUGUGAAGCUGUGUGUUUGGUCUUGAAUGUAGUUUAUCCAAACAUUAAGUCAGCAGAAAUCAGUGACCUUUAGCCAUUAUCAAACAGGGUUUCUGUAACACAUUUUAUGAGCUUGACAUGUUUUACUGCUUCCUGCGCAGACGUUUCACCUUCCUAAUGAAAAGACAUUUCAUCACCAGCCCAAGCAGCCACUCCUAAAUCAUAUGUUCAUAAAUAUUUUAUGGCACGGGAAAAGAAAUAGUGGAGACAAAUAUGAUAGAAGUGAACAAAUUUCAUCCUUUACAGAGUGUUACAGAUUGAAUUAACUAGACCCUUGUUCAAAACAUCUUAUGAUUGUAGAGAAAAUGCCUCUUAUCAUCCUGCCAGGCCAAUUGGUGUGUCGUCACUCAGUUAUUUCCCUGUGAGGCAAUCACACAUUCAGACUAAAAGCCCCUUCACCCACCUCCAAAGCCGAUCAAUGAGAGUAAAUGAACCAAACAUUCCUUUGAUUGUUUGUUUGGCGUGUCAAUCAAUAACAAUGUUUGCUUUGCUUCUGCUGGCCCUCCACUGGCAUCGCAUCAUUUGAACAUAUUUUGGCUGUUUUCUUCUUUUUCAUCCCACUGUUGUCUGUUUGCCCUUCAAACAAUGUGUCUAAUGGUGAUCAUUCUGUCUGAUUAUACAUUAAAGUUGGGUAAUUUUUGUGUCUGAAAGUAAAUAAUGGUCGAAUUAAAGUUAUAGAGAAGUAGUGAGUUUGUGUGAAUAUGAAGCAGCCUGUUCAGAAAAGGUCCUGUCAUAGGAAAUUCUGUGUUUUAUACUAUUUCUGUAUGGGGUGUAAUUAAUUAUUAUACUGUUCUUUCUAUGGGAAAAUACUGAAAAUGUGACAGUCUUUCUAAGUAUUUAUCUUCCAACUAAAUUAUUGUUGUUGUUUUUUUUUGUAGCUAAAUUAGUGAUGAUGGCAAGGUACUGGUAACUAUGGAAUUAACUGUUUCAUCA